CGUUGUUGCCACGUUUUGUGGCAGCAAUGUUGGCUAGCUAAAUGGUGUGAAGCUCAUUUAAAUCGAGCCUGCGUCUAUUGCCGCCAAAAUGUGUACAAGCUGCGAGUUGAGAAUUGAGAAAUAUGAGAAUCAGAAUGAAGCUGACCUCGCCAUUGGGGCGCAGUUGAUGUCGCCUUAGUUUUUGUUUUGUUUUUGUUUUGGGCGCCGCACAAACAAAGAAACUGAAAGGGACGCAAGCAACAAAGCGUUGCUCCAUUUGGUAACGCAUUUUUGCUUUGAUUUAUUUGACCAGAAGCAGACAGUAGACGGUUACACAGACGCAUGGCGCCAACUUAUUGAUUCGCGCCCCCAUUCCAGCUUUCCCUUUGGCACAAGGAUGCUGCGAGCGAAUGAGAGGGCAACACAGACGCACAACAAAGGCGCAGCUCAGUGCGCGUCUGGCUGUGCCAAAGUUCGGUUGUGUUUUUAUUAUUCCUGUCGCUUUGUCCCUUGUUUGUUGGCCGUGUAAUGUGAAGUGCAUCCUGGCAUUUGUUAGCCAUGCCCACCACCUGUGUUUUUCAGCUUGAUCGCCUGAAUCCCGUCUACAACAGCGGCGAAUACAUCAGCGGGCGCAUUCUCCUACGCACGGAUAAGGUGAAGCGCGUGAAUGCCGUCUAUGUUACUUUGGAAGGCGAGGCCAAGGUGCAAUGGUCCAUGAGCGGCAAGAGUGAGACGUCGAACUAUUCGGGCCACCAGCAGUAUCUACACACACGCACCAAUGUCUUCGACAACUCGCUAUUCCGUGCCGGGGUGCAUGUUUAUGUGUUGACAUUGCGUAUACCACCCGACUGCCCAAGCAGCUGCAAGGGUCCGUAUGGCUAUAUAGCGUAUAAUAUAUCGCUGACCAUUGACAAGCCGUGGGGCUUCGAUGAGAUCUUCCGCAAGCCCAUAAUGGUAGUCCAAACAUUGGAUCUUAACUACAACUCGGAAUUUGCGCUGCCUGUCAAGGAUGAGAACAUCAAAUACCUCUGCCAUUGGCCAUGUGUUUCUGGGCCUAUUAGCUCCAGCCUGGCGCUACCCGCCUCCGGCUUUACACCGCUGCAGGAGGUGCCUUUCACCGUGGAGAUCGACAACCAAUCGCCGCACUACGACAUUAUUGCCUUAGAGGUGUCCAUAAAGCAGCACUUUGUGUUCCUCUCGCGCAAGCCCGUCAAACGCAAUUUCUAUACGAAGACACUUUGCAAGGAGAUCAUAACGGAUCGCACUCUACGGCUCUCCAAGCGAAUGUACGAGUCGAGCAUUUGCGUACCCAUGGACACGCCACGCUCCACGCUGAAUCCCAACUACAUUGUGUUUCUGCACUACACGCUGCAGGUGAAGCUGAAGACCGGCUACUUUCACUACGACACGGAUCUCUCCGUGCCCAUUGUGGUGGGCACGACGCCACUACAGCAUCUGCAUGCCAUGGCCUGCACCCGGCAGCCGGCUCGGCGCACGCCCACGCCGGAGCGACAGCGUCUGAUCGAGCGGGUGCAGCCACGACCCGCAACGGUAGAGGAGGAGACGCCCCAAGAGGCAGCAGCCGAAGAGAUUCAUCAGACGCUGGAGGACGAUGAGCCGCCCUCAUAUGACAGUUGCCUGCCGCCUUCCUUUAGCUUUGCUACACUCGCUGGCAGCCAGCAGACGCUGGAGAGUCAGCCGCGCAUUCACCUGCCUAAAUUUCCGGGCUUUAGCACAUUGUUGGGUACGGCGCCUGCGCAUGAUCUGGUCCUGGAGGACUCUGGCCUAGACAUGCAUCACUAUCGCUCCUAUGGCUCGCUGGAUACGGAUCACACGGGUCGCAGCCUCGAUACCUUCGGCUCGCUGUGCGGUCCUUUGUCUGAGCAGUGCGAAAUAGAGCAACAGGAGCGCGAGCAGCAGCUGAAUGCUACGGCAGAGCAUCAAUUUUAAAUGCAAGUGUCUUAAAAUCCAAGGUGGUAUAAUACGUAAGAUUGUACUAGGCAUAAGAGUAUAGAGUUAAGUAACUUAAUUAUAUUUUCGAAUGUAUCAUAAUCCGUCUUAUUGGAAGCCCUCAUAGCUCAGAUAUGCGUAUACAUUUA